GCCGCUGCAGAUCGAUGUGACGGUGUUAGUACCUGAGGAUUGAACCCUUACCUGUGGAUCCUCUCCCCCGAAGCAGCACCAUGGGGAUCUCCGCAUCCAGUCUGCUAGAUGAGACCAAAUCCAACUACAUCAAAGGCCAGGCCGCGGCUGAGCUGAAGGAGUUCAGUCUGUACUACAGGAAGCAGUUCUCUGUGGCUCAUUUCUCUCAGGUAGAAGAUGAUCUGGAGCAGCACAAAGAGAAGAUCACACAGCUGCUCAAACAGAGGGAGGCUCCUCAGGAGGCCGAGGUGCUGUACGAAGAGGGCGUCCUUUACUUUGAUGAGACCAGGAAAUGGAAGGACAGGUACGUGGUGGUGAGAGCCAACUACUGCCUGGAGUGCCACGACAGUCUGGAGACUUUUGUUAAAGGAAUCCCUCCACGCCAGAAGCUGCUGCCUACAGGGGGCACUGUUCUCACCACAGAGGAGAAAUACAUGGCCAUGGUGGACAAGUGCUUCCCUGAUGACACCAAAACAGAUGUAAAGGAGGACUUUGCUCCUCCUCUGUCGGGGAUGCCGGGACAGUUCCCCGUCUACCUGCGUCUGCCCUACAGGAGAGACUCCUACUUCUGCUUCAGACAGCAGGCCAAACAAGCUGCCUUCCUCUCCAUCCUGUCAGACUGCAUCCGACACCAGAACCAAGACUUCCUGAAGAAGAAGACGUGUGAGGUGCAGGCCUUCCUCAAAGCCAUUCAGCUCUACAGACAGGACAAAGACAAAUACGAGGCCUGGGACAUGCUGAUAGGAAGUGAUGCCAGGGUGAUGGCCAACGUGGUGAUGGAGCAGCUGCUGCCGUCUCUUGAGAAAGACAUGCUGCCUCGCCUCAAAGCCAAGAAGACGGAGAGGAAAAGAGUAUGGUUCGCUACGGUGGAAGCGGCGUACAUCCUGAUCCAGGAGCAUCUGUUUGAGGGACUCUCAGCUCUAAAGGAGGAAUGUCGAUCAUCAGUGCGGCAACAGGAGGUGCUCAUCCACUCCGACAUGGACCAGAUCCUCAACUCCAGACAGGAGCUGGAGGAAAAAGUCCGAGCCAAAGUAGCGGAGCCAGCAGAGAAGCUGUGCUCCGAGUCGGUCCAGCCGUACCUGGGCUCAGUCCUGGAGGAGCUGAUGGAGCCGGUCAGCUCUGGUUUCCAGGAGGGACGGCAGCUGAGUGAAACCAUGAUGGAUCAGGUGUGUCAGGACGUCCUGCAGCUCGCAGACAACGAGCAACUCAGAAAGGGUCUUACUGACAUGGCGAGACCGAACCUGCUGAGCUGCUACCAGAAAAUCGGCUCCCUGCAGGAGAAACUGCAGCACCUGCAGCAGAGAUUCGGUUUCUCCAACAUCACAGGAGUGAUCCAGAGCGCUCAGAUUGACCUGCAGCAGCUGAUUGGGAAUGCAGCCUACACAUUUGAGCAGCUGCUCAACAAAGCCAUCCAGGACAACCCAGAAAACCCCGGCUCUGCCAUCGAAAAAGCCAAACACAGAGUGCUCAAGCAAUAUGAUUAUGACAGCAGCACAGUGAGGAAGAGGAUCUCCAGGGAGGCUCUCGUCUCCAUCACUCUGCCCUUCAUCAAGAAGAACCUGGCCCCCACCUGCAAAACAGAGCUUCAGAGUCUCCAGCAGUCCAUCGAUGGCGACCACUCCAACUUCAUCCAUGUUGACAACGUCUAUGAAAACAUCCUCCUGCAAAUUCUGGACAAGGAGGUCACCAAAGUGGUGAAGGAGGCAGCCAGCCUGAAGAAGUACAACCUGUUCAAUGACAGCAGAGACCUGCUGAGUCAGUCCAGCCGCUCCAGCCUCUCCUCCCCUCCUGUCUCCACUCCGGGAAGUCCCGCCAUGGUUCUCGCCGCCCCCGCCAAAACCUCCGUUGAGCCCCAGCCCCCAUCUCCACUCACGGUCAACGGUUUGUCGUCCAGCCCUGAGAAGGAGGAGCAGCAGGAGAAGGAGAACAGCGUGCUGCAUAGUGAAACCACAACAGACGUGACCAUCACUGAAACACCAUUGGGGAAGGUUGAACAAAAAGAUGCAGCUCAGAGUGUCGCCAUCAGUCAGGAGGUGGAAGCACCAAAACCAGAGGUCGUCCAAACUGUGAAAGCAGACACUCCGGUUGCACUUGAGACUCCAGCUGUAGCAGACACAACCAACCAGAAUGAGACACAGCAAGUUAAUGUAGAAGCAGCUCCAGACACUGUGGUCCAAGAGGAAGCCAUUUCUGUCAAAACAGAAACAGUCAGGAUGGCUGCUGAGUCUCUGAUACAGAGCGCAGACACUCCGAAAGAGGCGGAAAUCAAUUUGUCAGAAAGCCCGACUGUCGUAGAAAGCAUAAAGACAGACGUAGAAGCAGCAGCAGCACAGACAGAAGCUCCUGUACCAAGUCCUGAUCCUACUAAUGAUCCGGUUAACACUUCAGCAGAAAACACUGGUUCCCAAACUGAAGAGGAGACACACUUUCGCAGCUCUGAAAUCAAGUUAGAGGCUCCCUCUAGUGGUCAAACGCCAGCACUCACACCUGCACAGAUCAGCCUGGACCUCAAGCACCAGGAAGCAGAACCAGUCACCGUCUCAGACCCGAACUCCCUGGACGUGUCUGUAGGAAGCGAGUCGCCUCCAUCGGAUGUGGAGUCCAUGGAGGGUGUGAAAACAACGCAGAGCAGCGAAGACGAAGUCUCAACGACCUCCGACGUCUUAGAGGAUGAAACGACCAUAUCACCCGUGAGCUCAGAUUAUGCCAACGAGGACAAAACUGCAAGCAAUGAGCCGUCUCCUUGGGCCCAGACAGAGGCUGUGAGCGGCGAGGUCGGUGGGGACAUUGAGGCAGGUGCGAGCGUGGGGCCAUCGGUGGAGGCAGCAGAUGGUCAAAGCUCUCAGCUCGCCAAAGAGGAAACACCCCCCAGCCCAGAAGUGCAGCCCAUUGACAGCAUCAAGGAGAUCCGUGACCUGGUGUCAGAGGUGAUCGAGGUGGAGGAGCUGGUGCAGCGUUACCCAAGUGGAAUUCCAAAACUGGAGGAAUGAAGCAUCAUAAGUAGGAUGUUCUACUGAAGGGAACCAAAUGAUUACCAGAACAGAACAGUCGCUCCCAUCUGCACUGCCUCAAACUGACCUGGAGUUUUUUCCUCUCAGAGCAGAAAAUGGAAAAGACUCCUGAGAAAUUCACAAAAGCUUCCAUGAACCCUUUUUUUAAACACAUAUGCAUGAAUUAUGGUAAAUUAUUUAUACUAAUCAUUUACACAAAUCAAUAUAUCAGCUGCGUCAGGUGUAGGAAACCACCAGGUCUGUUAUUCAGUCACUAGAUGUUUUUGUUUUAACACUACGAUUAUUUUAGCACCAAAUUGCUUUAAAAAAAAACCUUGAUGUGGAACUGUUUUAUAAAGAUUGUGAAGAAGUUUCUGGAAAUUUCAUUAUGCUGGUAGAUUCUAAAUAUAUUUUAAAGGAAUAGUUAUACAUUUUAAAAGUUUCACUUACAUUCUUCCUGAGAGAAGAAUGUGAGGAUGGAUAUCAAUCUCAGGUCUGUACAUGAGCUGCAGUCAGGAUGUAGCUUAGCUCAGCAUGAAGAGUGACAGCAGCCUGGCUCACCCAUACCUAAGUUCAGUGAUAACAUGCUGUAAUAUAUGCUUCUUUAAUCUCUACACAAACAGAAAUGUAAAAAAAAUAUAUACAUAAGUAGCUUUUAUAGGGAGCUAGAUAUUGAAACUAUUUCUUGGUGAAGGCUUACAACUUUAAGAAAAAAAAAGGGGUGGUGGGGUGAACAACGACGAUAACAGUAAUUUAUUUUUUUUUAUAUGCCUGUGUGUCCCUUCGUAUAACUGUAUCAUCCCCUCUAUAAGGGCCAUUUACAAGGCAAUAGUUAUUGCAUGGCCUUUCAUUCAAAGAACAGCAUUUUGGGGGUCCAAAGCGGAAACUUUUGAAAUGGGGUUCAAGAGUGAAAUUUUUUUAUAAUGCCAUCCCUUCUGUCCCCAUGUAAACUGGCAAUGUGCACAUGCGCGUUGUGUUUGUCUGUGGUGUAUUACAAAGUUACAAAGCGUUACUGAACGGCCCAGCCGCAGAAAUAGAAAAUCUAUUUGUGGCAGCAGAUGUUUUAAUGAUGGCUGGCCACCACAAAUAAAUGUGUAGGAAACCCUGCACAGUAUAAAAAUGCAGCAUUACAAGUAAAAGUCCUGCAGACAUUAAUUAACCGCAGCCAAAUGUACUUUUAACAACCAGAUUUCUCUGAAAUGUGGUCAAAUACAAUGUAUAAACUGGCAAAAAUAAAUACAGAAUAAUAAAAUACUAGACAAAGUGAAGUAACUGUACUUACAUAUUUGAGACCACUUUGUUUUACAGAUUAAACAAAGAAGAUCCAUGUUAAUUAGUGACCAGUAGAGGUGUCAUAAGGUGUAUUAUUGAACUUAAGACUGAACCAGUCUAGCUGUUUCACCCUGCUAAUCUCAGCUCAACACGCCCUGAAUCCUGCUCUGCCUUUAACAGAUAUGAGAUUGAUAUCCAUUUGAAUGUCUCACUCUUUGGGGAAAAAUAAAUAAAUAAAUAAAUAAAUAAUCACCCAAAAUGUGGAACUGUUUCUGUAAACAGUCUACAUGAGAUAACCUCUUCAGUUGUGUCACAAAGUAUUUUUUUAAAUGAGUGAGUUUUAGAUUGUUUAGAAAUCACAAUAAUAGAUAUUAUAAUAUAUUGGACUACAUUCAGUGGACCACUUCCAAAUUCAUGUAAAAGCUGGAAUUCAGGCACAUUUUUUCUCCUUAAUGUGAUUAUUUUUGACCUACUGAAGGACUUUUUUCAACUAAAAAGGAAACUGAAGAAGUAGCUCAUCAAAGUGCCUUUACAAGUGCCUCCACGUGUCUUACUUAACAUGAUGAAGGAAACCAGCCUCCGUCAUGUGGAUGCAGUUGCCGUAGAGACCGGUUUACAGUCUGAACACCUGUGCCUUUUAUCUGUGUAGAGCCUCUGACACAGACAUGGUUAGUAGGACAGUUUACAGUGUGAGUCCAGGGAACAACAUUCCACCACUUACUGUCCACCAGAUGAGUGUUUGUUAAUGGAAACAUUGUGUGGAAAUAUGAACAAUAAAAUAAGUCUAUUAAACAAA